UAAUAAUAAUUAUUCCCUAAUACAUAUACUUCUUUCCUUCUCUGUCUCUCCUCGCCCAAAUCACCUAACAGCGACCCACUCGUUAAAACAAAUCAACAACUAGUUUACUUCCCUAAAAAGACAAUUUUAAUUUGUUCUAUAAGAAAGAAGGAAAGAAAGUGAAAAAAACAAUUCAUUGCUUAAAUUGGUUUGUUCCUCAUGCUUGAAGCAUCUGCUCCUUCUAUAUAUUGGAUUUCCUCCUUGUCCCAGUUCCAAUAUCUCAUCCUUCCUAUCCCUUAACAACAAGACAUGGAUUCCCUUUCUUCUUCUUCCGAGGAAAGAGAGAGUUUAAUUAGUUACAGAAGGGUGGCCUCCGAGGUGUUUGCAAGAGCGAUUGGUAUCACUCUCACUUUUGUCGUCGUACUCGUUGGAUCAAUUGCAGGGGCCAUCACCGGAGCUCUGACAGGCUUUGCCGGCUCUGAGAGUGGUCUUGUGCGAAGCUCUGCAAUUGGAGCCAUUUCAGGUGCUGUCUUCUCCAUUGAAGUGGUCCAAUCCUCUCUUGACUUGUGGAACUCCAGGGAAUCAGGCAUUUGGACCCUUCUCUAUCUGCUCGACAUAGUCUCUAGCCUCGCGAGAGGAAGACUAGUUACGGAAAAGGUUGGACCAGCAGUGCGGAGUGCAAUCCAGCGUCAUACGAGAGCUCUGAGUUUUGAGAGUCUCGAUUUGUUUGAGUCUGGUGCCACAAUAAUGGGCAUGCCCCUCGAGGAGGUUGAGAAGCUGCCCAAGUGUAAAACUAGUGCCAAAGACAGUGUCGAUGCAUCAGGGGAGAAGAUUGGUUGCUCAGUGUGUCUGCAGGAACUGGAAGUGGGAGAAUUGGCUAGGAGACUGCCAAGAUGUCAACACAUGUUUCAUCUGCCAUGCAUCGACAGUUGGCUCAUAAGGCAUGCCUCUUGUCCCUUGUGCAGAAGGGAUAUUUGAAGGUUUUGGUGUCGCUGAACUAUUGAGUAUCUUGUUUUUUUCUUGAAAAAAUUGGAAAAUAAGGUAGGUUCAGUUUUUUGUUUUAUCUAGAUUCUUGUGUUCUUGAUAGAAAGAAAGAAAGAAAGAAAAAUUGAAGCUCGAGCAACAGCGGCACCAGCCCUGAAUUGUUAAAUAGAAUGCUUGAGUGCCAAUUUGAUCUAAAUGUUUGCUAUUCUGAUAAG